CUCAAAUGAUCCUUUUCACUCUCAACACUUGAUUACAACGUGUCUAGUGGGGCUGGAGUGCUUACUACGGGAGAUAUCCCGAGCCUCUCACCGCCAUGCAAAACUUCGUUCGCGGUAGGGCGAACAGUCCGCAGAAUAGUCGACCCAGCAGUGCCCAUCGACAGCAAAUUGCUGCCAACCUAAAGAUUCCGGUGUCGAAGACGACUCUUCAUCGUCAAAAUCAUGGGACGCAGCAUUCUCGAGGUCAACCACAGAAUUUCAGCCAUGGCCAUCAAUCAACCAUGCAACAGCAGUCAGUUCAGCGUGGGGCUCCAAGCCGUCGCAUGGGACCUAAGCAGGAUACCUACGACACUGACGCUGAGAGUCUUGAUACCACUCUUCCGCGGGAGUCAGUUGUCCAUGUCAUCGAUAGCCAGCGACAUGAACAUAUCUCUGAUCAGGAACAUAGUGAUAAUGAGGAUGUCGAGAACGAAUCUGAUGCGGAAGGCGAGGUGGAAGGUGAGGCGAGAGAUGAAAGCGAUGGAGAGGAUGACGAAGAGCCGCGAUUCACUGAAGAACAGUGGCGAAUUCUUCAGCAGGGGGGCUUUGAAGAUGCCGAACCGUCACUUCAAUGCAAAUUCUUGAACGAUUACCAGGCGGGAAACCAGUAUGGCAUUUUCGAUGCCAACAAUUCAUACCCAUCAACCACUUCUGGUAUUCCAGAGGGGCUUCCGGGAAAGUACAACCAAGCUCAAGAUCCUGCUUCCGAAGACUUCGACGAGCAGAACGAGAUCUCUCCUUCCCCGCAGCGCCUCGGUGUGAAAGCUCAGGGUCGACAACAUUUUGCGAACCAACCGCUUCUUCGCCUCCCUGAUCGUCCACCGUAUCAGCAACCUCAACCCUUUCAGCCACCACACGUUGAACCUAGGGACAACGGUGCCGACACGAACGCCACAACUAUGCGUCGGGGCGCCAAGCUUCAGUACAGUCAGAUCCUUCCCACUCCUUCUGUUGAAGUAACUGCCCACCGCAAUUUCCGUAGCCAGAAUGAAACGCCACUUCAGCUUAGCAGCCAACGUCAGAAAUCCGAUCCGACGAUCAUUAAGCAACAUUUGCCUACUCUUCCCAUUUCAGAGGAGCAAGCUGUGAAACCGCCAACACUUCACCGUUCUGAGGAGGCCGCGGAAGCUCAGCCCCAAGGCCCAGUCGAGGACUACGACCUUCCCGAACUUCACAAGAUGGCAUAUGAAGACUUAAUAAACGAAAAUUUCGACAAGAAUCCACGAGCGGGCACGCCUGUUAUUUCCGACAACAUGCUUGAGAGGCCCCUGGUUGAACGCCUACAGCAUGUCCAGAAUCUUGACGGUCCUGACCAGGCGAAGUUCUUCAGCACUCUGCCUACUCAAGAAUGGGAGGAUGCUGGAGAUUGGUUCCUGGACCAAUUCAGCAGCAUCAUCAAGCGUACGAAGGAAGCGAGGCAGCAGAAACGAAAGCUAGCGAAGGAAUACGAAAAAGAAGUGGAGAACCGUCACAAUCAUGUUACUAAAAAACAAAAGACGGUUGAAGAAGCCUUGGCCAAGAUGAAGAAUCAGGGAAUGGGCCUUAUCCCGAAGACUCCAGAGAGGAAGAGAUGAAGAGUACGAUGUGAUUGUGAGAGCGUCUUUCGAGUUCAAUUUUUUCUGUUUCGUUACGAGGUAAUUCCGUUAUGUCAUGUAUGAACAACAGUCGGCGCAUCAAAAGCUG